AUGGCCACUCAAGACCUCACCCUCUCCUCAGACUCCUCGAAGGACCCAAGUGACAUUGCAAAGGACUUAGAGAAGGGCCUCGAGUUAAGCCGCCACCUCACAAACAGCGCAGUCUCCACAUUCUCCUGGUCAGAUGUCGGAGUCGUCGUGAAGGACAGGAAAACAAAACAGCCUCUGCAAAUCUUGACUUCUAGCUAUGGUUCAGUCAAGGCAGGGAGUAUCCUCGCCCUCAUGGGCCCCAGUGGAAGCGGCAAAACCACCCUCUUGAACGUCCUGGCCCAUCGUACUUCUUCCAUGAAGGGCGAGAUCCAAGGAAAGAUUAUGAUGAAUGGACGACCCACCAACGCAUCUGCCGUCCAACAAGUGUCUACCUAUGUCGAACAGGAGGACGCCAUGAUUGGCAUCUUGACACUGCGAGAGACUAUUGACUUUGCGGCCAGGCUCUCUGUCAACGGGAAGAUGUCCAAGAGGGAGAGACUCGCCAGGGUUAACGAGCUUAUUGAAUCGUUUGGUCUCCAACGUCAAGCAGACACCAUUGUCGGCACACCCUUGCGCAAAGGCCUCAGCGGCGGGCAAAAGCGCAGACUGAGCGUCGCCAGCCAGCUCGUCACCUCUCCUCGAGUGGUCUUCCUGGACGAACCCACCAGUGGACUCGACUCUGCGGCCAGUUUUGAGUGCAUGAAUUACAUCAAGCAAGUGGCCAAGCAGCACAACCUGAUCGUCAUUGCGUCAAUCCAUCAACCAUCAACGACGACAUUCCAGCUGUUUGAUCAGCUGAUGCUCCUGUCUGAAGGCCGCACCUGCUAUUUUGGACCCGUGUCCAAUAUCGAAAAGUACUUUGAGCGCAUCCGUCGUCCUCUGCCGUUGCACAUCAACCCGGCAGAGUACCUGCUCGAUCUGGUCAAUAGUGACUUUAGUCACACCGCUGGCGCCGCUGAGGGCAGCCUUCGGUACAUCCAAGAUGCGUGGACGGCUUCAGAGGACUACAAAGCACUGGAGGUUGCCAUCACCACCAGCACGGCUCUAGGCACCGCCGGUCCGCCUAUCUCAUCUGCUCGGACGUCAUCCAAGAACGUCGUCACCGUCUCCUGGGUCCUGUUGCACCGCAACUUCAUAAAGUCGUACCGCGACUUCAUCGCCUACGGGACGAGAAUUGCCAUGUACUUCGGCCUCGCCAUCAUGAUGGGCACGGUCUGGCUCCGCCUCUCCUUCUCGCAGACCUCGAUCCAGCCCUUCACCAAUGCGAUCUUCUUCGGGGGCGCCUUCAUGUCCUUCAUGGCCGUUGCUUACGUGCCUUCCAUCAUCGAGGAUCUCCACACAUUCAACAAAGAACGACACAACGGUCUUUACGGGCCCCUUCCCUUUGUCAUCGCAAAUACCCUCAUCGGCGUCCCUUGGCUGUUCCUCAUCGCAAUCAUGUUUUCCGUGGUCACGUAUUGGCUGGGCCACUUCAACCCUACCGCCGGUGGCUUCUGGAUGUGGGUGUUGUGGUUGUUUCUGGACCUUCUCGCCGCUGAAGGCUUGGUGGUUCUGGUGUCGAGUAUUUUUCCCAUCUUUGUCGUUGCGCUGGCCAUCACGGCGUUUGCAAACGGACUCUGGAUGUGUGUGGAUGGGUUCAUGGUACCAAUGGGCAAACUGAAUCCAUUUUGGAAGUACGUCUUCCAUUACAUCGAUUACCAAGCCUACGUCUUCCAGGGCAUGAUGGCGAACCAAUUCCGCUCCACGAUCUGGGACUGCGCCAAGUCCCCCGAAGGCUUCCAGUGCAUGUACCCGUCGGACUUGGAGUCGGAGGGCAAGAUCCGCGGCACCGCCGUGCUCGAGGCCUACAAGUAUUCCUGGUCCUCGGGCGUCAUCGGCGAGUGGAUCGGCAUCAUGUUCGCCAUCAUCUUUGCGUACAGGGUCCUGGGGUAUUUGGUCCUCGUGCUCAAGAAGCACUGA